AGUCUAGAGAUUAUUCUUUACCUGGGUGAAUAUGUAACUAUUAUUUUAAUUGUUCCGAUGUAGGUGGAGCACAUUUAGGACCUCUUCUCUGACUAUAUAACUGAUGAAAACUCGUCAAGUCUACAUCGCGCCUUAGAAUUUUGGUUUCUGUAGAUAAAGCUCUGGUUAACGUUGAUGAGACUGGUUCUGCUGUGAAGUGGGACUACUCCGGCUAUUAUCGUUUUGUAUGCUCUCGCCAUAGCUCGCCACCUUCGAGCUUCCACUUCGAAUUCCGCUGAAGUAGCUUCAAAAUGAUCACCACCCCCGCACUAUGAUCCUUCAAUAGCUCUUCAUCAGAAGACUGUUUCAUGUGAAAUUCUCGAUUAGCUAUUUGUUUCUGAUUGCUUUCUGUGAAGAGCUGAGGAUCUCGAGAACUCGCGCUUCCAGCCUUCCAUCAUGCUGCUGAGCGGGCCGACGCUCGUUGGGCGCUACACUUUCGUGAAGCUUCAGCCAUGGGCGAAAUCCAGGGGAUGCGUAGCAGACGAGGUUCUACUCCAGCUUCCGAGCUUUAAAAAACGAAGGAUGCAGGCCUUGAGUUUAAAAACAACGCCUUCAAGAAAGGGAGUCACUCAAGCUGUGUUGGAAUUCGCCUCAGGGCCAGUGAGUGAGGAAAGCGAACCUCGGGAGGAGGAUAAGAACUCACCGGCUGUCUCUGUGAUCAUCCCCGUGUACAAUGAAAUUGCCGCCAUAGGGACGCUAGUAGAGAAAGUGGGCGACGUGAUGCAGAAGCGUGGAGGGCCGUAUGAGGUUGUUUGUGUCGACGAUGGGUCAACAGAUGGGACGGCGAGGAUCUUGAAACAGAUGGCGGCAGAGAGGGAGGACAUGCGGGUGGUGAUAUUUCGAAGGAAUUUCGGCCAAACAGCAGCUAUGGCGGCUGGAUUCGACUUUGCGGCUGGGGACGUGUUUGUCACCAUGGAUGGGGAUUUGCAGAACGACGCUGAAGAUAUCCCCAAGCUCGUCGACCAGCUGGUAUAUGGAAACCAAGGUGGCCACCCUGUGAACACAGGCGUUGUCCGUGAAGAUGGUGGAUACGACUUGGUUUGCGGGUGGCGCCGUAAACGCAAGGACAACGCAUUCACACGAAACUUUCCUUCGUGGGUCGCAAAUAUGCUCAUCGGAGCUCUAACUGGGGUGAGGCUUCACGAUUACGGAUGCAGCCUCAAAGCUUACCGUGCUCCUCUCCUGUCAACUCUCCUCCUCUACGGUGAAAUGCACCGCUUCAUUCCCACACUGGCUGCCAUGGAAGGUGCUGCCAUUUCUGAACUAGAGGUACGGCAUCAUCCUCGCACCCUGGGGAAAUCUAAGUAUGGGUUGGGCCGAAUCUUCCGAGUCCUGAUGGACCUCACCACCGUCUAUUUCCUCCAACGCUUUCGGCAGAAGCCCAUGCACUUCAUAGGCUUUCUCGGUGGUGUGUGCAUGCUGGGAUCAAUUGUAGCGGCAGCGUCCACGAGUCGGUCACUUGUAAAGACUGCCCAUGUCUGGGGAUACAGCAUGGCUAUAUCCAGCGCCAGCCCAGGUUUUGUGCUCUCCUUGCAACUCCUCAUCAUGGGGCUCCAGCUUGUGUGCUUGGGGCUCGUAGCCGAAGUUUGUGUGAGGAUUUAUUACGAGUCUCAGUCCCAGCCUGUGUAUCGCGUGAGAGAAGUGGCUACUUCAACAACUAGAUGACAGUUUUGGAAAUGCUACCAACCUUAAUGAACAAGGUACAUUUUUAUUGAUGAGUUGCGAAUUGUCUCUCAUUCUUUCUCCGGUACAAGGAUUCAUGUCUCGUGCCUCCUUCUCCUUCAUCAGUUUGACAAGUAAAAUUCUGGAUCAUGCUUUGUGUGAUCCUUUUACUCAUCAGGUUCGGGAUUACAACCUUUGUUGAUGAUCUCCCCAACUCAAUUCUAUCAUUGUUUAGGCCUUCCGAGCACCCUUCAAAUAUGGUUUGUGAGCUGCCUUGAACUGUAAUACUGACCUGAUAAGUAUGAUUGUGGCUGAAGAAUCAAGUCCAAGAGUAGUAUACUGAUGUUGUAUUGUACAAGAAGUUUCAUCAGUAAUGGAAUAUAUUCAAGAAAUAGAGUAAAGAAUUGAA